AAACCAGUUUACGCUGUUAGCGUAGAGAGACGGGAGGAGCUGGUCGUCUAGCACUUAGCCAGCUAGCUAACGGCUGAUCUCGGCGCAUUAAAACAUAUUUAUACGUCUGCAGUGAGUGUUCUCAUUGUCACUUGUAAAACUAAAUAAGAGAGAUGUAGCUAUCCGGUCUAGAUAUACUCCACUUAAGACCCAGUCCCCAGGGGGAGCGCUCCCCCGCCCCCCCCACCCCCGCCGGCAAGACGGCCAUGACAACGGGAGAGUGCUGUCACCUGCCAGGGUCUCUGUGUGACUGCAUGGCUGGUGGGGACGUGUCAAAGGCCGUGCGGGAGGCCAACGUGCAGCACGCCCAGUACGUCACUCAGGUCACCGCCAAGGACGGUCGGCUGCUCUCCACGGUCAUCCGGGCUCUGGGCAUGCAGAGCGACGGGCCCAUAUGCCGCAUCUGCCAUGAGGGGGGGACUGGUGAGGGCCUCCUGUCCCCCUGCGAGUGCACAGGCACGUUGGGGGCUGUCCACCGGAGCUGCCUGGAAAAGUGGUUGUCCUCCUCGAACACCAGCUACUGUGAGCUCUGUCACACAGAGUUCAGCGUGGAACGCCGGCCACGCCCCCUCACAGAGUGGCUGCAAGACCCCGGGCCGCGUAACGAGAAGCGGACGCUCCUGUGCGACAUGGUCUGCUUCCUGUUCAUCACUCCGCUGGCAGCCAUUUCUGGCUGGCUGUGCCUCCGUGGGGCCCAGGACCACCUUCACUUCAACAGCCGUCUUGAAGCUGUGGGCCUCAUUGCCCUCACCAUCGCUCUCUUUACCAUUUAUGUCCUGUGGACCCUGGUAUCCUUCCGCUACCACUGUCAGCUGUACUCCGAGUGGAGGCGAACCAAUCAGAAAGUGCGCUUGCUGAUUCCCGAUGUCAAGCCUGCCUGUUCUGCCCAGCAUUCCUUGCUUUCCACCAAGCUGAUGAAGAUGACAGCGGAUGAGACCGUUGUAUGAGACAGCUCGGGCUGCCACGCAUGGCUUAAUCCUCUCCUUUCUGUUUUUUUUUUUUUUUUUUUUUUAAAAAGAUUUAUUUAAUAUAUUACAGCACUUACUUUACCCUUCCCCGUCAUUAUGGCCUUUUUGGGGCUCCUAAACGUGGAGAGCAAGGUAACAUAAUACUGAGUGGCAACUGUCGCCUGGUUUUAAUAGCCAGAGGUGGGGCUCGAUCCAGUUUUGACAAGGUGCUUUAUCCCUGCGGGACCGGCUCCAUGUUCAUCCCUGUCUCUCUCGAGGAGCCGAUUGCUGGAGUCACCUGUGACCUCAACAGAACACUUUGGAUUUCAGAACAGGCUCAUUCGCAGGGCAGCGAAUGUCGAUGUCAUUUUAGUUAUGCAAAUCCAAUUUAAGUGGUUCUAAGAAAUCUUAUGGGAUUGUUCUGUGUGUGAGCCGAGGGUAAACCUCUGCUUUUUAAAUCCCCCCCAUCCAGGCUGUAAGGAAACAACAGUCAGGCAUCUCCCCCUCACAUGACAUGGUCAUCUUCAGCCUCCUGCUAUUCUCAGUGUCCUGCCCUGAUGUUUACGGACACCCCUGCCCACGCUUCCCCAUUCCCUCGUCCUCCUGGCUUAUCUGGCUGCCUUGUGUUGCAGCGUUCUGCUGCCUAGUUGUGUACAUUUCCCUGGACAGGAAGUGCUCUGCUACACCAAGUCUUACUUUGGGACGCAUCCUCGCCCCGCUGCCUUCCCCAGUAUUAAACAGCAUCCUGCAAGUUGCCGGUCAGUGUGCCUGGACACACUGUCCUGCUAGCAAACGGUAGGAUUCCUUUACGCUACAUUUCCCAAAAGAGAGUUUUUAAUGAACAGGUAUUCUGCCACUGUUUAUUCUCAAAUGUAAGAGUGGUGUGAAAUGUAGCGUGAUUAGUAAUUCUCGAUGUCACUGUCCAGAAUGAACAAGCUGUAAGAAACACCUCAGUCCUUUUUCCCUCUGGCAUCCUCCAGAAUAAUUCACUCCUCUGAUCCCUGACCUUCUCUUCAGUAACUCACUGCCUCCGGCACACAGUUUACCUUGGGUCCUAUCUGCAGUGUAAGAACCACUCAGCUUUACCGUGUGCAAUUUGUGCGAAUAUACCCAUGCAAAGCCUUCACACGUUUACACGCAUCUGUGUCCGAGACAUCGUCGAAAGGGGUUUUUGGAGAUUGUGUCAGCUGAAGGCUUUGGCUUCAUGCCCUGGAAUUUCCUUUGAAGGAGUCGAUCUUGAUCCACCAGGUUCCGAGUGAUGAUCACUAAAAUAACUGGAAUCCACUUCGGAGUCCCCUUUUUUUAAAAAAGAUUUUUAAAUAGACUUUUUCAGAACUGAAUACAUGUAUGUAUGUAUGUCGAACAAUGGACAUUUGAUAAUCAAUGUUUGAUGUUUUCUUAUUUUCUGAAGUUUUCUUUUUAAUAGUUGGGUAUGCAUCUCCACUGAAUGGUAUGUGCUAUUCAGUGGUAUUCAUUUGUGACGGACAAAAUGAUGCCUCUUGAACCAUUUGCUGUAUUUUUUGAUCCCACUAGAUGGUGCUCUUGGUAUGCUUUUGGCAUGCUAUGUGCCCUUUUUUUUGAACUGAGAGCACCAUCUAGUAGGGUCAGAAAAUACAGCAAAUUAUUCAGCAUUUUGUCCAUCACUAGUAUCAAUACACUACAUCUGAGGAUGGGGACAUAUUAGAUGAUUUUUAAUUCUCCUGGGGGCUGUUACGUUGUGUGGCUGUGUUUGUGUUUAAGUCAAGGGGUGUGUGUGUGUGUGUGUGUGUGUGUGUGUGUGUGUGUGUGUGUGUGUGUGUGUGUGUGUGGGUCCAUGCUUCCCUCUCACAUCACCUAAUGAGCUGGAAUCCCCCUGAUGUAGAAUUUCGCUGUGUUUCCUUUGAACUGCUGCACUUCCAUAACUCCAUAGAUGUUUUAUGAACUACGGCCUUCGUGUGAAAGGCCUACAGAACCGUUACUACAGUGACAGGUCAAAUUCGCCUCCUUAUGGACAAAAUGCACUUACAUUAACCUGCUUAUUAGUGUUGCGCUCUUUAAAAUAGCUGUGUGACCAGUUUGUUUUAAGAUGUUGGCUCUCAUGAGUGUGAAAUAUUUGUGAAUAUUGUUGAGGGUGGAGGUAUUCAGGUUUUAACAUAUAUGUUGUUUUAAUAGUAUUGUUAUUGUAUGGAAAUGACGCCUCUUUGCACAGCAUGGGCGUAUGGCCCGUGCCUCGUUAUCAGCUGUCAUGAGCUGUCCGGCCGAAGCCAAUAACAGUCUGCAGACCUUCCCCUAAAAUAGUGUUUUCCAUUCCGGUCCUCAGGGACCGCAGACAGUCCACGUUUUUGCUCUCUCCCAGCCCCCAGCAAAAAUGUGCACUUUCUGGCAAGGAGCUGAGAGGGAGUAAAAACCUGGACCGUCUGUGGGUCCCCAAGGAACGGGUUGGAAAUUACUGUCCUAAAACAUUCGGCCAGCCUCGCGUCACAUGGUUUGUGGUGGUACUUUAUAUAAAGUUUGUGGUGGUUUAUUAUUGUUUUUAAAUUUUUACAAUCGUAUCUUACCUAUGUCACUUUUACCUGUAUGGGGGGGGCAGAGAUUGUAACCGACAUCUUGAUUUGUGACAGAUUUGCUAACCGCUUCAAAAAAUGAGUUUGCCCACAAACAAAACAGUGUGCUCAUCGCUUUUGUAUUUUGUGUGUGGUGUGUGUCCCAGGGGUCGUUCAGGACCGUUGACAUUGAGUUGGGGCUAUUAUGGAAUGCUAACGUGGUACAAUAUGAUAAUGAUUCAUUAAAAUGAGUCACAUCCCCUUA